AUGGGGCACAAGAGCAUGUCGUCUUUUUUGAACACUCAGUCGAUGAAGGCGUUCCAUCGCCCCUGCAGCCAAACAGGAGAAUUUCUGUGGGUUACGCUGCCGUUGCUACUGUCGGUUGCAUGGGCAACAUGCUGUUGCGUGGCUGUGACUGCGCAGGGGAAUUCUUCUUCUCCUUCCUGCCCCUCUGGGUGGGCGUUAUGGCCGAUGGAGCUAAAGGCGCGUGACGACGGUUCAUCGGAUAGCGCCACGGUGUGGUGCGUCCAGCCGCAGGAGGUUCGAGUGGCACCGGCAGAGACGGUUGAAGCUUGUGCCCACAUCUUUGGCUUACGCCCACCCCGCGGUUGGAGUGAAGCCAACAGGGAGCUUAUUCCACAACCGCUCUCUGUUCAUUCCCAGGAGCAAAAUUUGUGGCUGCAGGGAUUGCUGAAUCCAUUUUUUGGAGAUUUGGGGGAACUCGUGGCGCUCGGUGGUGCAGCUGGGUUCGGGGAUAUUGUUUGGUGGGAUGGCAUGAAAAAUGCGAAUGGUGCGCCACCCUACACAAAUUUUUCUCCGUCAACGAACUGGCAAACGCAUAGCGGAUGCAUCGCCAUGCAACGCGAUGGAUUUUGGCGUAUAGUGGACUGUAAAACCCCCAAAAGGCCCUUUGUUUGUGCGUUUCAAUGGAAUCCUUUGAAUGAGGGGAACACCAGCAGUAACGAUGGCGAUAAUAGCAGUGACAGUGGUGGUAACGCUACGACAACAAAUUCUUCAUCGGGGGACAAUCCUGUCGAUGCACCGCAACCCACUCGCCCGCCGGUACCACAACCACCACUUGAAUGUCUCGAUGGGUGGUCAUCAUAUAAGGACAAAUGUUACCAUCUCUACGCGGAAUUGAUUGACGGGGGAGAAAGAGGGAUGAAUCAGCAGGCGGCGCAGAGGUUCUGUCAGUCAAUUCAUCCCCGUGUGACUCUCACUGCCGUUUUGAAUGCAGAAGAAGAUGCCUUUCUUGGCAGUCUGGUGCAGGACUGGGCACGGUAUCACAACUAUGAUUUGUCUCAAAUUGAAGUCUUUAUUGGCGGAAUCUUUACAGCUCGUGGUUCAGUGGGUGUGUGGUACGAAGACGCUUUGUGGUACGGGGAGAAGGAUUAUGCGCUCAGCUUUCCUUCGAGCCCUACAUGGCCUACGGCAAAGAACAAAUUGUAUUCAAAUUGGGGUGUGGGAGAGCCGAGUAUGACGUUCGGAUGCGUGACGGUAGAUAAUAACGGUACUUGGAGGGCGGUGGACACCCGAGUAUCGUUGCCGUUUGUAUGUGCUUACCUCAACGACGGCUCUGUUAAACCAGAAGUACCAACCGCUGCUCCAGAAAGCGGCUCUGCUUCUUCAGAAGAUGCAGGCUCCAACGCCACCAAUCCAACACCUGAUCCGCACCAAUCGGAUUUGUGCAGCAAUGAUUGGGUGUAUUUUGCACCCACCAACCGUUGUUUUCGUGUCUUUACGGAUCGUGCUGUUGCUGCGGCCGACUUGGAGGAGUCCUGUGGCCGGCUCUUGGACUCUGCUGCAGUUGACACUAUUCAUGCGGCUACCAUAACGUCUGUAGAGGAAAGUGUCUUUGCCGGUCGUUUGGUGGCUGAAGUAGGCGUACAACGUGUACUGGUAGGCGUGUCGUACAUAGAGCGAGGAAUGCAUGGUUUGUAUCUCGACGGUGCGUCGGCGUGGGAGUCGACUCUAGCGGAAAGCUUGUGGGCCUUUGGGCAGCCAUCACGUGAUAGUGGUUGUGUCAUCGUUGACCGCACUGGUGCAUGGUACUACUUUCCCUGUGGCACACCGGCCAAUGCGUAUGCAUGUGCGUAUCGCGCAGGGGCGGUUCAUGCACCGACGAGCAAACCAGCGCCUACUGAUGUACCGACAUCAGCAACAACAACAACAAAUUCUGCGCCAGAGAGAGAAAAAUGGCCGCUGGAAACACGCAUUGCAUCACUUUCAGGGGCGGUUCAUUUGGUGGUGGCAGCCGGUACUGUGGGUACAUACACGGUGGCAGGCGCGGGUGGACGGACGGACGGACUUUUGCUCAUGUUUGCUCCCGAUCUAUCGGAAAUUGUUGCGAGGGUGGGGUGGUGGGAUGAGCAUGUGAAGGUGUCACCAUGUGCUUGGGGAUACAAAAAACAGGAGUACACAUUUGCCGUGAUGCAGGGUGUGGUGACAAUCGUCCAUCCCAACCAGACGAUGCGUGGGCGCGUUUGUGUUUCUGAUGAUGGGGUGCAUUAUGUGCCGGCAGGCAACAUCACAUUUGAAGUGUUGGACGUGGCACUGCGUGGAUUCAUUCCCUUUUCCUCUUCACAAAAGGAGGCGGAGGAGGCACAGGGAGGUGGGAGCAACGAAAGUAGCGUUAUUGGGGGUGGUAACGACCCCAUUUUUGUCUCCCGGGCGGUUGGCAUUCGUCUCUGGUCCAGUGGGGUGUUACAACUUCGUUUUCAUCGCCGCCUCCCUGGCACACGGGCGGGGAUUUGUCAUAUUCGUUUUUCAUCUUCCCCAGACUGCACGAGCGGCCGCUACGUCCUCUUUGGGGAGAAUCUCACCGUGGUUGAGCGAGAGCGAGGACGAGGGGUGAUCACGUAUCAACUUGCAAAUGUUUUGCCUUCCAACGAGACAUUGGCCUCGACUGGCUGUACGC